AUGAGUAAGGAUCAAUCAGAAUCUGAGGCAACAAAUCAAAACAAAGAUCAAACAAAUGUUUUUUCUGAAAUUAAUCAAAAUGCACCAGAUAAAAAUCCUUAUAAUGAAAUAGAAAAAAGAUUUGAGAAAGGAAAUCCAAUUUGGAAAGGCAAAAUUUAUGUCAAAAGAAACAAUGAUCAAGUAGUAGAAGACCUUAAUCCUCAGCUCAGCCAAGAAUCUGAACCGAGUGAAAGUCAACCGACUCAAACAGGUAAAUCUCUCCUUGAUCCUAAUUCUCUAUAUAUCGACCUUGAUGUCCCUAUAGUACUUAGGAAACAAUAUACUAAUCUUAAUGUUCCCAUAGCCUUUAGGAAGACGGGUAGGCCAUGUACUAGGCACCCCUUGUCUAACUUUGUAUCAUAUUCAUUUGUAUCAUAUUCAAACUUGUCUCCCUCUUUUGCAGCAUUUACUUCUAAUUUAUCUAGUGUCAAAAUUCCUAAGAAUGUACAGGAGGCUCUAGAAAUUCCAAAGUAG